AUGGUCGACGAUCGCGAACAGGACCUGCCGCCCGAGGCCGAGGCGGCGCGCUACAAGCCGAUCCGCCGCCUCGACGAGAAUGUUGUCAACCGCAUCGCAGCCGGCGAGAUCAUCCACCGCCCCGCCAACGCGCUCAAGGAGCUCAUCGAAAACUCGCUCGAUGCUGGCGCCACUCUGAUCCGCAUCACCCUCAAGGAAGGCGGCAUCAAGAUGCUCCAGAUCCAGGACAACGGCUGCGGCGUUCAGCCGUCCGACUUGCCUCUCCUCUGCGAGCGCUUCGCCACCUCCAAGCUGCGCGACUUUGCCGACCUCGACAGCAUGGCCACCUUUGGCUUCAGAGGUGAGGCGCUCGCCAGCAUCAGCUACGUCUCGGCUUCCAUGAGUGUCGUCACAAAGACUCGCGACAACGACUGUGCCUACCGCGCCUAUUACGCCAAUGGCGCUCUCGCCCCACCUAAGCCCGGACAGAGCAGCGAGCCGAGGCAAUGCGCAGGCACAGACGGCACUCUCAUCACCGCCGAGGAUCUCUUCUACAAUGUCCCACAGCGCAGAAGGGCUCUACGCAGCCCCGCAGACGAGUACAACCGUGCUCUGGACGUCGUCUCAAAGUAUGCCGUGCACUACGGCGGCAGAGGCGUCGGCUUUGUCUGUCGCAAGGCUGCCACCAACGCCACCGACCUCAACACUCCUUCGUCGCCCACCAACACCACGCUCGACACUAUCCGCAUCCUCCACGGCAACGCCGUGUCGCGCGAACUCGUCGAGCUCACAGAUGUACACGACGCAAACCUUGGCUUUCAGUGCAACGGCUGGAUCAGCGGCGCCAACUGGAGCAGCAAACGCACAACGCUGCUUUGCUUCAUCAACAAUCGCCUCGUCGACUGUCCGCUGCUCAAGCGCUCCAUCGAGGCGCUCUACGCAACCCUCCUCCCCAAGGGCGGUCAUCCGUGGAUCUACCUAUCACUCUCCAUCAACCCGGCCAAUGUCGACGUCAACGUGCACCCCACCAAGAAGGAGGUGCAUUUCCUCAACGAGGACGAGAUCGUCGAGCACAUUUGCCGCGCUGCCCAGGACAAGCUCGCGGGCGCCAAUUCGAGCAGGACGUUUGCCUUUUCGCAGGCUGUGCUCCCUGUCCUCGCAGCCGACGUCGCUGCUCGAAGCGUACCCGCACCCGCGCCUGCGCAAACAGACGAAGCCGAUGCGCACAACCCCAUUGAUGCGGGGCGCGAAGCGACGCGCAGCCGUGACAGCGGGAGGGCGACCACAAGCUCAUCAGCCUCGGCGGCUCGAAGAACAACAGGAGGUCCCAUUUCAUCGUCGAAAGGCUACCCACAGCAUCUCGUACGCGUCGACGCCAAGGCUCGAACGCUCGACUCCAUGUUUUCGGCUUCAACCUCCGCGGCGGGCAAGAAGCGCCUGCUAGAUUCAGAUCUGCACCAAAGUUUCGAUUCCGACUUGCCGACUGAGGCGUCGGACGAUCAGGCAAACGCUGGUACCUCCAACCGUGACAGCAGCAGCUACAGCGCUCCUGCGGCCAAACGCGCGCGCCAAGGCCUUGGCGUGCGUGUCACCGACUCGGACUGCUCGCUCACAUCGGUGCGCCAGCUGCGCGCCCACAUUGGCAAGGCGCAACAUCGCAACCUCACCGAGGUGGUACAGAACCACACCUUUGUCGGCGUCGUCGAUCUGCACAAGGGCAUCAGCCUGAUCCAGCACGAGACGCGCCUGCUGCUCGUCAACCACGACGCCAUGAUUCGCGAGUUUGCCUACCAGCUCGUGCUGCGCCAAUUCGGCAGUUUCGUCGCGAUCAAGCUGGAUCCGCCUCUCUCGCUCGAUGAGCUCGUCGACAUUGCGCUCGACAACACCGCCGGCGUACCCGAGGACUCGACGGCGAGCACCGAGACGGUGCGCGACAAGAUCGUCGGCGUGCUCCUCGACCAUGCCGAGAUGCUGCAUGAGUACUUUUCGUUUACUGUAGACGCGGAUGCGCGCACGCUCAAAGCGCUGCCGAGUCUGCUCCCCGGCGCGAUCGUGGCGGGCGUGCAGGGCGCGUGUGCGAUCGAGCUCGAGCGCUUGCCGCAGCUGCUCGUCCGCCUCGCCACCCGCGUCGACUGGCAGGACGAGCAGGCGUGCUUCGACACGUUUGCGCACCAGAUCGCAUGGAGCUGCGUGCCGUGUCCACCGCCGCCACCUCCAACGUCGACGCAAUCGAGGGCGGGCGACGAGGAAGACGCAGUACAGGCACGGCAGGCGUCCGACGAGCACGAGCGCGAGACCGAACUGGCGCGCCGCAGAGUGCAGCACCUCUGGUUUGACAACAUGCCCAGGUCGCGCGCGCGCUACGUGCCCAGCCGCGCCACCAACGACGUCGUCGUACAGGUCGCCAACCUGCCGGACCUGUACCGCGUGUUUGAGCGGUGCUGA